CUUUCUUUCUCCAUCUUUUUCUCUCUCUCUCUCACUCUUUCUCUCUCUCACUCUUUCUCUCUCUCACUCCCUCCCUGAGCUGCAAACUGGACCAGAUAGUAUCUCUCAAGCAUCCAGCGCCACAGCGUCAUUUCUUCACACACCAGCUCUGGGUGACAGCUCAGUAGGGGUGUUUGGGAAAACAGCUUGCUGUGAGAGACGUCUCAGGGAGUUCUACCGUCUAAAUCCAGGUCACUUGAACGACUGGCAUUGCACUGCAUCACUUGACACAGCCCACUCACAAACGGGUACGCAGGCUCUCUGCCUGUACCCUGUCCCCUUCACUCUGCACGCUCAUUUCCCAGAGAGCCCGGAGAGGUGAGAAUGGGAAAAUCCGAAAGCCAAAUGGAUAUCAUGGAAAAAUCAACCAAACCAGUGAAGCGCCGUUGGACUGUUGUGGAAAUCGUGCUAUCUGUGCUGUUGUUGCUGGUCAGCUGUGCCCUAGCUGGACUGAUAGUCCUCUACACUUCGGCUUUGAGAGAGCAAUCUAAUAGAUCUGGUAUGUCAAGGAGCUCAGUCACCGAGGGGCAGCAGUAUCGUUCUGCCCCCAGCAAUGUUUGCACAACUCCUGAGUGUGUUACUGCAGCUGCUCGUCUUCUGCAGAACAUGGAUGCAACGGUAGAGGCUUGUCAGAACUUCUACCAGUAUGCCUGUGGGGGAUGGCUGGAGCGCCAUGUCAUCCCAGAGACCAGCUCCCGCCACAGCGUCUUCGACAUCCUCAGAGACAAGCUGGAGAUCGUGCUUAAAGGAGUUUUUGAGACUGAGAGUGAUCAGGACCGUGAUGCCUUCAAGAAGGCCAAAACUCUCUACAGCUCCUGCAUGAAUGAGACUUUGAUAGAGCAGCUCGACUCCAAGCCUCUCAUGCAUCUCAUCGACAGCAUAGGAGAUUGGCCUGUUGCCUCAGAGGACUGGAACAGCGCUACAGAACAGGCUUGGAGCCUGGAAGAUACUCUAGCCACCCUCAACUCUCAUUACCACAAAAAGGUUAUUCUGGACAUGUAUGUGUGGACGGAUGACCGCGACUCCCGUCGCCACAUUAUCUACAUUGACCAGCCAGGACUGGGAAUGCCAUCCAGAGAUUAUUACUUCAACGAUGGAAACUACAAAAGGGUGCGAGAGGCCUACUUGCAGUUCAUGGUUUCCAUGGCGAGGAUUGCCCGCGAGGACAGGAACUUGACCCAGGAUGAUGACCGUGUGGUGGAGGAAAUGGUGCAGGUGCUGGAUCUAGAGACAGAUAUAGCCAAUGCCACAUCCCCUGCAGAGGAACGUCAGGAUGUCACGAUUCUCUACAAUAAGAUGACCCUUAGUAAACUGCAGGAGUCCUUCAAUCUCAACGGUUUUAACUGGACAAGGUUUGUGCGUGGAGUGUUGUCCAGCGUGGCUGUGGACCUACAGCGAGAGGAGGAGGUGGUGGUCUACAGCUCUCCUUACUUGGAGAAGAUGAACGACGUGCUUUCCAAACACACUGUCAGAACGUUGCAGAACUACCUUACCUGGCAGCUCGUCAUGGAGAGAGUCAGCAGCCUGAGUCGCCGCUUCAAAGAUGCCAGGGCACACUACAGAAAGGCACUGUACGGGACCACCGUGGAAGAGGCACGGUGGAGAGACUGUGUGCGUUACGUCCAGGGCAGCAUGGAGAACGCAGUGGGUGCUCUGUAUGUGCGAGAGACCUUUGCUGGUGAGAGUAAACGCAUGGUCAGUGACCUCAUCAGUAAGAUCCAGGAAGCGUACGUGGAGACACUUGAGGAGCUGAACUGGAUGGAUGACCAGUCUAAGGAGAAGGCAAGAGAGAAGGCCAUGGCCAUUAAGGAGCAUAUUGGCUAUCCUGACCACAUUCUGGAAGAGAGCAAUCUGAAGCUUGACCAGGAGUAUGCCCAUCUGAACUUUAGUGAGGAGAACUACUUUGAGAACGUCCUUGAGAACCUGCAGGCUGAAGCACACAAGACUUUGAAGAAGCUGAGAGAGCCAGUCGACCCGGACAUGUGGAUCAUUGGCGCUGCUGUUGUCAAUGCUUUCUACUCGCCAAACAGAAACCAGAUAGUAUUCCCUGCCGGUAUCCUGCAGCCUCCUUUCUUCAGUAAGCAGCAGCUCCAGGCCCUGAACUUUGGUGGAAUAGGGAUGGUUAUUGGACAUGAGAUCACCCACGGGUUUGAUGACAAUGGCCGUAAUUUUGACAAGGAUGGUAACAUGCUUAACUGGUGGAGUAAUUAUUCUGCUGAGCACUUUAAGGACCAGUCACAGUGCAUGGUGCAACAAUAUGGCAACUUCAACUGGAAGCUUGCAGGAGGACAAAAUGUCAGUGGAAUUAGUACUUUGGGGGAGAACAUCGCAGACAACGGAGGAGUUCGGCAAGCUUACAAGGCCUAUAUGAAGUGGGUGGAGAGAGAAGGAGAAGAGCUUCGUUUACCUGGUCUGGACAUGGACCACAAGCAACUUUUUUUCCUUAACUUUGCCCAAGUAUGGUGUGGUGCCUAUCGGCCUGAAUAUGCCAGCCAGUGCAUCAAGACUGACUCCCACAGUCCCCUGGAAUACAGGGUACUCGGCUCCCUACAGAAUUUUGGAGCAUUCUCAGAUGCAUUCCAGUGCAAACCGGGUACUCCCAUGAAUCCUGAGAUGAAAUGUCGGGUGUGGUAGCCAGUUUGGGCUUUUCUCUACUCUUGUUAUUUAUUUCUUGACUUGGGGCAGCUAAACAAAAGAACAUGCUUAACAACCACCUUGUGUUAUACUGACACCAAAGAGGCAUCCCGCUUUGGAGUAUGUCCGAUUGAUUUACAUGGCAGAAGAUAAGACAUUUACAUAAGUGUUACAGAUUGGAUGACUGACCAAACUACACCCUAGUAUCACCACUUGAAGCAGACGUAAACUAUGAUGAGACAGGAAAAACACUUGGAAUGCGUAUAUACUUAUAUGGCUACUCAACCUAAAGAUGUUGUCUGUGGUUGAACAGUUUAGCUUGUUCUUGUUUACAAGUGGUUUUGUUGUAUACAUGCAUACAUCUGAAGCUCCUAUGGACAAUUGUGGGUGGUCAGUGGAUACAUGCAUAGUCGGGCAAAAGUAGGACAUUCCUAAGACCUUGUAGAAUAUGUUUGAGCCAAGCUGGCUUAAUACGCUUUAACUGACUUUUUAAAGAAUUUCCUAAACUCUUUGUUCUUUUUGCCAAGUCAUUCAGAUGGCAAAUCCACAGCGCUUUUAAGCCCACAUAUUUAGUGGCUUUCAUUUAUGUGCAAAAAGUAUAUUUUGGUACUGAGUUGCCUGGUAUGAUCCUGUCUGAUAUGGAACAUUUGUUUUUUAAGACAUUUUGCCACAGGGCAAGAGGCAAAAGUGAAUAAUAAGUCUGACAUUACAGUGUGACUAUGAAAUGAAUAAAGGCUCUGUGAAAAUGAAGAGCAGCGGUGACCUAGAGAUGGACAUAAUUAGUCUCACUCCUAGGCUAAGGCUUGGCUGCGUCACUCUUUGAAAUGAAACCAUUUACCUGAAGACAUCAGACUGUUAAACCUUUGCAGCUUUAACCUUAUAUGAACAUUUAAAAAAAAUAUAAUAAUAAUGGCUUAAAAUGUUUUUGAUAUAGCAUAUAUAAAUGUGAGAUCUACGAAGAUAAAUGCUUGGAAAUAAGUUGAAAUACUUGCUAGGCUAGCACGGUUUUGUUUGAGAUUAAUUUAUAGUGAUAAUGAUCUGCCAUGGAGUGAUCAGUGUCUUAUUUAUAUUAGAUACUCUAUACUCGAUCACAACUGAAAGUGAUUUGACUUACUUGACUGACUUAUUGUUGUGUUAAAGGAUGUUUCAGAGACAGACAUUUGAUCAACAGUGUUUCUGAUCUCGGGCUUUGUCCACACAGCACCAGUCAGCAUUUGGGACUAGGAUAUGAUCAGAAAGAAACGUUUAGAGGAGUGUUUUUCAAAAAGUGUAUACAAUGCUUUGUGUUUACGGCAUAAAAUAAAAAACAGAACAGAAAACUGUUCCCAGCAUCCCGUAAUAGUCAUGGGGUUAGCGCCUACCAAUAGUCCUGGCUUCGCCUACCAAUAGUCCUGGGGUUGAUACUUCAUAUAAUGAGGAAUGUGCAGCCAUGUCUCCUUCCUCCGUUUAAAAAAAUAUAUACAGAGACAAAUACAAUCUUUACUUUUGGAUCCGGAUACCCCUUUCCAUAUUGGGCGUGCAAGAAAUAGAGAAAUGAAAUAAAAUAUUAUAUUCCCCCCAAAAAAGGGAUACUAGGCGUGACAUUUUUUAUGGUGUGGCUUGGAUGUCUAAAAUGCCAAUAUUUCAGAUAUCACUACGAGGUGUUUCCACAAUAGUUUCCAGGACAGGCAACACAUGUUCACAAUUUGACAAAGACGUUUUUUUAGAAAUGUCCAUUGUUCAUAAUUCCUUACCCGUUGUUGUGUAUCUUGCCAUGAUUGAACACAUGCUCUUCUGAGAACAUCUAAAAGCUAGAACUUCAUUAUUGUAUGCAACCUUUGAGGCAAAAUCCCAUUGGCAUAUCCACACAGAAGUGGAACGUAGGUUUGAAUAGAGAAGCAGGUGAAGGCCAGGUGAAGGGGCACGUCUUGAUCUCUGCCAUUGACUAGUGGCCCAGAGAAAGACUGUGCUGGUGCGUGUGUGGGGACAGUUGGGAGCCUGGUAACUAGCCGCUAUAGGGGCCUCUUGGACAGACUUGACAGAUUGACACUGGGGAAAUAGCUUCUCAUUAGAGAGUUCCCAGUCAAGGCCAGGAGUGUUAUUUUCUACCUUGAUUAACAACUAAUGACAGCAGAACUAAAGGGCAGAACAGGAGAGAGCGACUGAGAAACUGACAACAUGAUCAAACAGAUUGCCAUGGUGGUGGAACAGAGGGGUUUGAAGCACUGCUGAGGAAAGAAAACACACAUUGUUAAAAGCUCAACAUUGUUAUUGAGAAAAUUCAGGAUGCCUUUGUCAAUUGAACAUGACUGUUAUGUCUGAUCAGAGGCUGAUUUAGUGAAUGUUCAUGGUACAUGUAUCUUGCCUUUGAAGCUUUAUUUACAAUCACUUUGCCUGUUUACUUCUUGUAAUGGCUUGGAUGUUGUACAGUGCAGUGCAGGGGAUUCCAAUAGCUGUGUUACUGGUGCCUGUUUCACUUGGGAUGUGAGUGGUGAAGUAGUUUGCCAAUCAAAGCGACUUGACAAGGAAUUAAAAUAACCAACAGUGACAAUAUAAAGAUAACAUCUAGAUAAGCUACUUGGGUUGCUUCUCAAAUAGCACCCUAUUCCCUAUAUAGUACACUACUUUGGGAUUUGUUGUUUGGUUGUCCAUUUAAACAAUCUGUUAUAAUGGUUUCCUCAUGCACAUAAGAUUUAAACAAUACCAUUCGCACAAAAUCAGUUUGAGAAUUGUACAUACCUCUUACACAUUGACACACACACACAAAAUAGCCUCUCCAACCUGUGAUAGAUAUACAUUCUGCCACCUGUAUUCCUUAGACCAUUAGAAUCAAAUACCCAAACUACAGCUAUCUGCAAUUGGAUUUGUACUUUUCGUGCAUAACUAGCUGAUAUAACUAUAAACCUAAAUGGAACACAAAUCAAAUAUAUUUCUGAAGCAACAAUAAGAUACCUUGUCAGUGCUGUGUGCUUCUCUGGUAUUUACAGGUGAAAGCUCAUGCUGCUAUAUAAUUAUAUAUAUAAACAGCUAUUUUUGCGACUCAAUCUGUUAUUAGCGCUAUCAAUUGGUUGUUUACCUGAGACGUUUCAAGUCUCUUUUUUCCAAUGUUUUAUUGUGAUCAUUUUAAAGAGCUAUGGAGCUAAAUCCUCACUUAUCAAACUAGUGAGUCAUUCAAGCUUGUGUUAAAUGUUUGUGUACAUCACAAUGUUCUGAAUUUGUGCCGUUUUGUGAUAAAAAUGCAUAUCGCAUUGCAUUAGUAAUAUGCAAAUUAUGUUACUGUAUAUCUUGGUGUAAAAACAAAUGCUAUGCUUAUUGAAGAUAUUACGUAAAUGGAUUAAAUUCACUUUUAUCUAAGCAUAA